AUGGAACAACUAGCUGGAUCAUUGAUGACUCAUGAACUUCACCUGAGUUCCAAUACUGAAAGUUCCAAUAACAAGAGUCUUGCUCUUAAGGCUCAAAACUUAGAGGAAUCGGAAGCUGAUGGGGAAGAAAUGGCAAUGCUAGUUAUUAGAAAGUUCAAAAGGAUGAUUAACUACAAGAAGUUUGAUAGGAACAAGAAGUAUGCAAGUUCCAGAAACACAACUUGUUUCAAAUGUGGGUCUAAAGAUCACUUCAUCAAAGAUUGUCCACUAUCAGAUGGUGAGAAAGGAAAGACAAAGGAUGCCUACUAUGGGGGUACUGUGACCUUUGGUGAUAAUAUGAUAGGAGAUAUAGUUGCUAUUGGCAAAGUAGGAAGAAUCAUUCACAAUGACACUGGGAACAUUAUUUUAGAAGGAACUCGUAAAGGGGACACAUAUGUUGUGGAUCUUAACGAGGUUCCUAAUAGCAGUUUAACUUGUCUUACUGUCAUUGAGGACGAUCCUUUAUUAUGGCACAAGAGAUUUGGCCAUGCAAGCAUUACUUUACUUGAUAAAUUGAGAUCUAAGGAACUAGUGGAAGGACUUCCUUGCAUUAAGUUCCUGUAUGACAAAGUGUGUGAUGCUUGUGUUAGAGGAAAACAGACUCGAGUUUCUUUUUAA